AUGCCGAGGUCUCCUGAUGUGGUGGCUGGAAAGGAAAGGCCACAGUCCCCUCAGAAAGUGUCCUUUUCUGCCCCACCCCUCCCUCCAGCCCAGACCGCUGAUGUAACAGGUGCAGCAUUGUUCCCCUCCUACCCCCACCUCACAGGCCUCGUCACCAUGGGAACCGAGCCAGCCAAUCAGAACACUCAGUUUCAAAAGCACAGACUUAUAAUUGAUACGCCUUCUCCCAGACAAGUCACAAGCCAACAUUCAGAGGCCUCCCAAGGUCCCCUCCUCCUGGAUAAGCAAAUUAAGUUGCCCCCCAUUUUCCUCCAGGGAGGAAAAGGGACGUCUUCUACCUGUGAUGCCCAGGGACAGAAUCCAAGCCUGCAAUCACCCAGCUUAGAGCACCAGUCACACACAUGGCCAUGUCAUGAUGCAGCCGUGACCAAGGAGCCCCCGAGAAUCUCCUGCAGCAGACUGGAACACACCUGGAGCAGUGAGAGCGAUGUGAGGAGCUUUCGAUUCUCCAGCCUGGAAAACAGCCGCAACAGCAGCCUGGUCAGCAGCGGGUACGCGGGGGACGAGGAGAGCAGUGAAAUCAGCCUGGUGUGCAACAGUCAGCUCAGCCAGUUGGGCAGAGAGCACAAGAUCCAGGAGGACGACACCCAGACCGACCAGCUGUACGCCGCCUACUGUCCCAGCCAGUUAAAGAGCCCACAGACCGGCCAGGCAGACAGCACCGAGCAGGCUGGAGGGGAAAAGUGA